AGCAAUGGCCCUAGAAACCAAGCUUCCUUGUUCCUUCUGCGCAUGUUCCUGUCUGCUCAACCCUCAGUUUUUCCAAAGUUCUGCCAGCAUCUGGUCCUCCGCGCUGGGGUUUGGAUGAGCAUGGAGGAGCUGCUGUCUUUCAGUGAUGUGGCCAUUGAUUUCUCUCCAGAGGAAAGCGAAUGCCUGGACCCUGCUCAGUGGAAGCUGUACAAGGAUGUGAUGUUGGAGAAUUACAGCAACCUUGUUUUCCUGGGUCUUGCUCUCUGUAAGCCAUACCUGGUCACAUUUCUGGAACAGAGAAAGGAGCCUUGGAAUGUGAGGAGAAAGGGAACAGCAGCCAUCAACCCAGGAACAAAGCCCUAUAAAUGUAAAGAAUGUGGGAAGGCCUUUGACAGGAACUCAGUCCUUCUUCAACACCAGCGAAUUCAUACUGGAGAAAAACCCUACAUCUGUGAAGAAUGUGGCAAAGCUUUUAACUAUUCUUCAAGCCUUAAACAACACCAAAGAAUUCAUACUGGAGAGAAACACUACAAAUGUGAAGAAUGUGGUAAGGCUUUUAACUGUUCUUCAUACCUAUAUAAGCAUCAGAGAAUCCAUACUGGAGAGAAACCCUACAAAUGUGGAGAAUGUGACAAAGCUUUUAGUAAUUAUUCAGGCCUUAUUCUACAUAGAAGAAUUCAUACUGGAGAGAAACCCUACAAGUGUGAAGAAUGUGGCAAGGCCUUUAGUGUUCGCUCAACACUUUCUAAACACCAGAGAAUCCAUACGGGAGAGAAACCUUAUAAAUGCGAAGACUGUGGCAAGACUUUUAAUGUUCACUCAACACUUUCUAAGCAUCAGAGAAUUCAUACCGGAGAGAAACCUUACAAAUGUGAAGAAUGUGGCAUGGCGUUCAAUGUUCGCUGCAUACUUUCUAAACAUCAGAGAACCCACACUGGAGAGAAACCUUAUAAAUGUGAAGAGUGUGGUAAGGCAUUUAACUGUUCUUCCAGCCUUCAUCAACACCAACGAAUACAUACUGGAGAGAAACCCUAUAAAUGUGAAGAAUGUGGCCAGGCCUUUAACUGUUCCUCAUACCUGUAUAAGCAUCAGAGAAUCCAUACUGGUGAGAAACCCUACAAGUGCAAGGAAUGUGGCAAGGCCUUUUACUGCUCUUCAAACCUUAUUUAUCACCAGAGAGUUCAUACUGGAGAGAAGCCAUACAAAUGUGAUGAAUGUGGCAAAGCCUUCAGCAUUUGCUCAACCUUUAUGAGACACCAGCGAAUUCAUAGAGGAGACAAACCUUAUCAAUGCAAAGAAUGUGGGAAAGCGUUUAAUAAUUGUUAUAACCUAAUUCAACAUCAAAGAAUUCAUACUGGAGAGAAACCCUACAAAUGCAAACAGUGUGGCAAAGCCUUCAGUUAUACUUCAAGCCUUACUCAACAUGAAAGAAUUCACACUGGAGAGAAACCCUACAAAUGCAAGGAAUGUGGCAAGGCCUUUACCUCUUCUUCAAACCUUAAUCAUCACUGGAGACUCCACACUGGAGAGAAGCCCUACAAAUGUGAACAAUGUGGCAAAGCCUUUAAAAAUUGCUCAGGCUUUAUUAGACACCACAGAAUUCAUACUAGAUAAAAUUCCUAUUAAUGCAAACCCUAUGGCAAAGCUUUUAAUAAUUGCUCAUCUGUAGCUAUACAUUCAAAUAAUGUGAGAUAUCUUUGAACUGUUCUUCACAAUUUAAUAGACAGGUGUUUUGCUGAGAAACCCUACAAAUAUAAAUAACAUGUCAAGGCUUUUGAUUGAAGCCUUAUCCUUAUUAACUAUGAGCAAAUUCAUAUUGAACAGAAACCUUAUACAUGUAAUGAACCUAGAAGAAAUGUUGCCAAAUAUAUGAACCUCAGAAGAGCAAACUUGUUACAGUAGAAAGCACCAUGCAAAUGGUGCAGCACAUGUUUGCUGGUCACUUAGAUCCUAAAGGAUAUAAAGAAAUUAUAGGAGACAAACCCUAUGGAUGGAAUGGAAUGUGGCAAAACAUAAAAUAUUACUUCUAAUGUAUAGUAAGUUGUUUCAUGUGAUUGUUCAUUACAGAUAUCACAAUCAUGCAGAUAACUCAAGCCUGUAAAGAUAUCAAUUUGUCAUGAAACUGAAUUGUCUCAUGGGCUCAAUUUUGAAAUUGAGAGAAGAAAAACUGUCAGAUGAUUUUUAUCAACAGAACAAGAGUGACUCCUUAGAGUUUUUAGUCUGUUUUGCUCCAGAGAACAUUCAGUGGAUUAUUAGAAAAUAAUUUGCGUGAAGGUUAGUGAUUUUUUUUGUAAAUAAAAGUGAGUAGUUCUUAAUGCAUUUUCAGUGUUGUAUAUGGAAUAACAUUCUGUCACAGUCAUUAAAAUAUUCCACCUUAGUAAGGUGUGAUGGCUAUUCUUGGUUGUCACCUUGACACACUUGGGAAGAGGAAACCUCAACUGAAGAAUUUCCUCCAUCAGGUUGUCCUGUGGGAAUGUCUGUGGGACAUUUUCUUAAUUGCUACUUGAUGUAGGAUGGCCCAGCCCACUGUAGGUGAUACUAUCCCUAGGCAGAUGAGCCCGGGCUCAAUAAAACAGGUGAGUCUGUUUUAUUAACCCUGAGUCUGGGAGCAAGCCAGUAAGCAGAGUUCCUCCAUGGUCUCUGCUCCAGGGUCCUGCAUUGUCUUUCUGCCUUGAUUACCCUUUGAUGACAGACUGUAACAAUUCAAAGGAAAUAAACCAUUUCCUCUCCAAGUUGCUUUUGGUCAUUAUGUUU